UAAAAAGCGUAUAUAUCCUUUCCCUUUCUCUCUCUUGACCUAGCAUUCAACCAUCGUCACCGUCUUCCGCCCAUCACAACCUGUCGCCGCCCUCAUCAAUCCACCUCAAAAUCCCUAAAUCAAAACCACCGUGCUCUUAGAUUCACGCGAUUACGUUAAAACGUUCGUGUACAAGUUAGUCAAUUAAGGGUUUUAGAAGAAGAAAAAAUUAAGUAAAUUUAGGGUUUUCAGUUUACUGGAAUCCCUUAAUCUUGUCGCCGCGGAUCAGUGUUGUCUAAUCCUUGCAAAAAACAACAUCCAUUUUGGGGAAAUCGAAUUUGUUAUAUUUGUUUUAUUAAACAUGCGAGGAUUGCAGAAAUCAAAAAGGGUUUCAUGGGCGUCAGAUUUAAAUCUUUAUCAGGUGAAGCUGUUUUUAUCAGAUGAAUCUCCUUCACAAGUGGGAUUAAGUGGUCAAGAUCAUCUUCAAGCUAAAGAAUCAUGGCAUUCUGAUGACAAUUUGCCACCUGGAUUUGAAGGAAUUCAGCCUGCAAAUUUGUUUCAGAAUAAGUUAUCUCAAAUUACUCUCAUACAAUGGAAAUGCCCUUCUAGAUUCAUUCUGGAUCCCAAUUGGCAAGUAACAGCGGGAGAAGAAAGCAAAGAAGUUGACUUUGAAAGUCAACGUGAAAUGAGAAUACUCGAAGCAGUCUACCCACGCCCAUCAGCGAUCCCUCCAAAUCCGGCAUCACCAAUCCACACAGACAACUCACCAUACAACAACGACCACCACACUCCUCUCAUCCCCAUCACUCCAAUUGAAGACGAAGACACGUCACCCGCCACGUCAUCAAUCCCACCACCACCAACAACAACAACAACAAAUCACAUUCCGACAAGUGUCAUGUCCAAUGGGAUGGCGCCACCUGGCAUCGAACCGGAUGUAAUGAACGCAGCCUAUAAUGCCUUAACUACUGCAAUGUCAAGCAGUCAAGGAAACCUAAUUGAUCCUAAUUUACUCAUUAAAAUCCUCAGCACACCAACUCUAAUUGAAAAACUCGUCUCCUCCCACGGACCACCACUGCCGCCAAUCACCGCCACCACCACCACCACGACCCAACCGCCGUCUUCUUCUUCCGGUGGCUCGCUUUAUCCACAACCGCCAAGAUCAGGCGGUGGAGCGGUUUCGGUUUCCGGUCUGCCGCCGGCGCCGGCGGAGGUGGGGGUGAGUGGUCCGGCGAAGAAGGAUUUAAGUUAUUACAAGAGCUUGAUUCAGCAGCAUGGUGGAGAAAAAGGUGAACAGAUGAAUAAUGGAAAUAAUGUGAAAACGAAAGGGAAAGUGAUGAAAACGUGUAUCUAUUAUAAUAGCACGAGGGGGUGUAGGCAUGGAGCGAAUUGCAUUUAUCAACAUGAUUCUUCUUCUUCUAUUUCUUCUUCUACUUCACAACAGAGAGUGAGUAUGCCGGAAGCACAAACUGCAAAAAGAAUGAAAAUGGAUAGUAGGGAGAUUACUGGUACAUAAGUUUUUCAGUGUGAUGUAAAUGUGACACGUGUCGUCUGCUUACGGGUUGCUACAAAGAAAUGGGGUCU